AUGACUUUUGUACUCCAAGAACUUGACGAAGGACAGUUUCUUUCUCCUGCUAUUCAAACCGAUGCUAUUAUUCAGCUCACAAAUUAUAUGACAAGGUAUUUCAAAGGGAGCAAGAGAACUGCUGACGACAAACCAACUUGUGCCGUUUGUUUUGAUAUGUCUGGUACCGGCAAGACUACAACUAUUCUAGAGGCUUCAAAGCAUUCUGGUAGUAUCAGAGCACCUAUCAGUCUCAUUGACGAUGUGCUGUUCAAACCUUUACUUGAUUCUUGUAAGAAUAUGGGUGAGAAGCAAGACCCUCCCUUGGAGUUACAAGACUCAAUUUCAUACUCAAACAUUGAAAAGUAUUUUGGAAAGAGAUUUCAGACUGUACUUGCUCAACUCUUUGAAGGAAUCAUUGAACAACUGAACAGUAUUGAACUAGAAGCUACUGUAAUUGAAAUUACGAUACCAGACUACAUCUCUCCUGCAAAAACUGAUUUUCCUCUUGUAAAAGAAAGUUUAUCUGAUUCCUACAAGAAGUUACUAGCUACUAUCGAAAGUUUGGACCGUUUGCUCGUUAUCCACUUGGAUGAUUGCCAAAAGUUCUUUUGCGGAUUGACUGAAACCGUCAAGGUUGAUAGGCAAAAAUCAGUCAAAGUGGAUGAAAUUAUGGGAUUCGCUCUAAGAUUAUUCUCAAGUCAAGUCUCUAGUCUUAAAAAAUCUCGCAAUAUCCUUUGGGUUUUUUCAGGCACAAGACCAAAUCUUGGUUUGGAAAUGAAAGUUGCCAGUAUGUUUUGGAAUCCCUUUGAUAUAUCAAAGUAUCUAUGCGAUUUCAAUAUCGAUAACGUAUACAAGAUAAUCCAGUCUUAUUUUCUCGUCGAUGGUUCACUUCCCCUGUUUAAAGACAAGUUGGAACAAUUAUGUGGGCCACCGAAACUUGUUUCUUUCUUCAUACAAUCUAGCGUAGAAUUUAGCCUUGAAUCUAUUGAAGGACUUAUUGGUCACUGGGAAGAAAUUGAACGUGGUGCUAUUAUCAUCUAUCGUGAACAAAUCAAAGGAACCAUCGACUCAUUUGGUCUAGCGUCAGAUGAUUUGGAACAUUAUACCCGAAAUCUUUGCUUGUUACACACUCAUUUGUUUAUCAAUUGCCCCGAAGGAUAUCUCAAGUUUGAAAAACUACCUUCCAGCUGGCUGCCAUUUAUUGAAGCGGGUUUGAUUCGUGUUCGACCUGAAAGUGCUAGUAGAUUCGGAAAAAGGAUUUCGGGGUGGUAUGUGUAUCCUCCAAAUCGGUUUCUUGUCAAAAUAUUCAAUGAUUUUGUACAUUGGUUUUGCUGGGAAAAUAUCCAGGACUUGGUAGCAAACAUUAAGGCUUCAUCUACAACUACAACUCUCAAGGGAAAGGUUUUCGAAUAUUUGUUUGCUUUGGAGCUUCUCGCUACAUCUGAUUCUAAACUUUGGAUACAACUGGGCGAAAAGAUGAAAAUACAGCCAAGAUUGGAUUGGAAGCCAAGUAUCAAAAUGAUGAGAGAAGUCACCGCUGAUUUGAAUCAAAAUGACGUCUAUGUUAUGACGGACCCUGACUACAAUAAAUCUAAAACAGAUAUAUUAUUCUUUGCUAAUCGAAUGGAUUCAAAGGAACCAGUGCGUGUUCUAUGUCAAUUAACAACACAAGUUGAUGAUUCGACAUUUAAAGCAAAGACCUCGUUUCUUGCCAUGUUUGGGCUUGUUGAUGAUGGACUUGCUGAUUAUCGGUUAUAUCUUGCGCCCAAGUCAACAGUUGCUUUGUCACAAGAUCACGAACAACAGUUCUCGUCAAAUAAUUGUUUUUGGAUUGAUUCAUCGAGUUUUGGUUCAAUGUUGAAGUUUUCGUGGGAUUUAUGCGACCCUACAAAGACGGAACAGUCUUUGACUGAAUUGAUGAAUUUUGCUGCGUCUCUUGAUGACAAUACUACUGCCAGGAACAUUGCCAACUUUAUUCCUAAUUCAAAGAGGCGCAAGAGAGGAUUCAAGUCGAUGGAUGAUUUCUACAAGGCUUUGAAAGAUUACGGCAAAAAGGACCAGCAAAUUGAGAAAAUCAAGCAUGUAUUUGUUGAGCAAGAAAUUGAUGUGAUGGAACUCACCACUCUGACUGAUGCGAAACUCAAAGAAGAUGGAUUAACUCAACGUGGUUUAAGAGAAGCUGUGCUGGCAGUAAUUGAAAAUGUUUGA